UUGUGUGUAUUUGUAUCUUUAUUUGCAGCCAAUUAGGUCUCUAUCGUUUGCUGGAAAAUCAGACUAUCUUGUGAGUGUGUCCGAAGGUUCACAACCACAGCUGUCAGUAUGUAGUAUGUCGAAACUCUCUGUAUCCUGGUCAUACAAGCUUCAAGUAGAAGAUGUAGCUUGUGCUGUUGAUGCAUCAAUGUUUGCAGUUCUUGUUGUUAGUAAAUCGUGUAAUAAUGAGACAACAGUACUUAAAGGAAGAGAUGGGGUAAUCUUAUUAUUCAAUGUCACAGAUCCACUUCCUGUGGCUACUUGGUCUGUAAGGAAGGCCAAGGGGGGAGGACUUGGUUUUAUUCAAGCAAAUAAUCAAACUAAAAAUAUAUUGAAAGCAGGCAAGCCAUCAUCUCAAGAGUUGCUUGUGUAUGUAGAUGGUGAUCAUGAAUUUGUUGUAUUUGACCCGCAGAGUAGCGAAACACAUGAACUUAGCCUAACUGGACAACAAAACCUUGCUACCAUUGAGGAAACAGGACAACUUGGAUAUGCAUCUAUGUAUGGUGAGCUACCUGAGUUUGAGUUGAAGAGCAAGGAUGAUGAGUUGUGGGAAGCAACGGCUCCCUCGAGACCCUCGGAGAGACCGUGGGAGAGUAUAUUCAGUGGAUCAAGUCAUGAUCUUCCACCCCUCACUAAAUUAUGUUCACCUUUUUUGGAGUCCUUGCUGGAAAGGAGGACUACUACUUCUACUACUGCCAUUGUUGAAUGAUCAUUUCCAAUUAAGAAGCAACCAAUGAAUGUUGUUGCUUUGCUGAUAUUUUUGGUCAAAUUAAUUAUGAUUAGCUCAAAAUUAAGGCAAAUCCAUUUUGUUAUUCGAUUUUACAUGAUGAUGUUUUUGUACCAAUGUUUGUGAGUCACAAAAGUAAUAUAAUCUUAUGUUUCAAUUUCCCUUUUCUGUUACAAAACAAAAAAUUAUUACAGUAGAGAUAAUACUUUGAGAUAUUGUAAUUUACAUUAUUAUUCUGUAAUGAAAAUUUUUGUAUUCUUUUUUCUA